AUGCCCGGAGCCUCUCGCCUUGCCACCAGCCUCUGGGUGCUGUUCCUCCAGUCUCUCCUGUCUGGCAUGGUUGACCUGCGACCCCACAGCCCCCAAGACGCCCACCCGCAACUGGAGGCAAUCAAACGAAGCAUCCUGGACCGCCUUGGGAUGGAGAAGCCUCCCAGCGUGCCAGGGGCAUUGGGUCAAGGUGGGCUGCAAGAGGCUCGACAGGUCUACCAGGAGAUGCUGGCACAACUCAGAGCGAACCAGACUUUGCCACCAGCAGCAAAAACUGUUCAUACCCUGAGGGCGAAAGUUAAGCUUCUGGGGCAAGGACUGGCUGCAGGUACCGGGGACACCAGUGACCCACUUAGGCCCCUAUACGGUCUGGAAGUCUCCAGGACAGCAGCGCUCAGCCAGGGCCUCCAUGUCUUUCGGGCCGAGCUGACUCUGUCCAAGAAGUUCCCGGACAUCCCUGGCAUCUCCCAGCUCAACUCAACAGGGUUGGCUCACGUCAACAUCUACAGACUGGCCGGUGGGGAUGGAGAAACCCCCGUGCUCCUGUCCUCCCAGGUGGUCUCGAGGACCACACCCGUCCUCAACCUUGGAGACGCCGUGGGGCAGUGGCUAGCCAGCCCCGACCCGAGGCUCCAUUUGGGUCUGGAGUUUCCCAUGGAUGUGGCUGCCUCCACCCUGGAAGGGAGAGAGUGGCUCCCCCUGGAGGUCGAGACGCAGGGGCGCAGGCGGGUCCGGAAGCCGAGGCAGCUGGACGAGGAGUGCGGCAAAGGCGACACCAAAUGCUGCCUCCGCUCGCUCAAGGUCUCCUUUGCCGACAUCGGGUGGUCCGACUGGGUGCUGGCGCCCAGCAGCUACUCCAUGAGGUUCUGCGAGGGUUCGUGCCCCCACAACUACAAGCCGGCCAGCAUGCAUGCCCAGAUCAAGGCCAGGCUCCAUAGCCUGUCUGGGGAGACACCGGCGCCGUGCUGCGUCCCAGCCGCCUACGAACCCAUGGUCCUCAUGCAUUACGCCAGCGACGGGAAGGUGGUCACGCAGCUCUUUGACGACAUGAUCGUCACACGCUGCCACUGUGCGUAG